GCGCGGCGCGGAGCGGAGCGCGGCCAUGGCGGAGUUCCGGGCGCUCGGGCUGGCGCCGUGGCUGGCGGAGCAGGCGCGGCAGGUGGGGCUGCUCCGGCCCACGCCCGUGCAGGCCGCCUGCAUCCCGGCCGUGCUGCAGGGUGAGCGCUCGGGAGGGGAACGCCGCUCCCGGUUCCCGUCCCACCGCCGGGAACGGCCCCUCGUGGGGGAAUUUGGGGGAGCUCUGGGGAAUUGGGGGGAGCCCUGGGGAGGUGGGAGGAGCUCUGGGGAAUUUGGGGGAGCCCUGGGGAGCCCAGGGCAGCCGAGCCAUCCCCCCUGCAGGGAGCUGGCGUACCAGAUCGCCGAGCAGUUCCGGGUGCUGGGCAAACCCCUGGGCCUCAAGGACUGCGUGGUGGUGGGCGGCCUCGACAUGGUGGCGCAGGCCCUGGAGCUGUCCCGCCGGCCCCACGUGGUGGUGGCCACGCCCGGGCGCCUGGCCGACCACCUGCGCAGCAACGGCAGCACCGCCAGCCUGCGCAGGGUCAGGUUCCUGGUGCUGGACGAGGCUGACCGCCUGCUGGAGCAGGGCACCGCCGACUUCAGCGCCGACCUGGAGCUGAUCCUGGGCGCGGUGCCCGCGCGCCGCCAGACCCUGCUCUUCAGUGCCACCCUCACGGCCACCCUGAGCCAGCUGCGGGCCCUGGCUGCCAACAGCCCCUUCUUCUGGGAGGCCACGUCCCCCGUGAGGACGGUGGAGCAGCUGGAGCAGAGGUACCUGCUGGUGCCCGAGGCGCUCAAGGACGCCUACCUGGUGCACCUGGUGCAGAGCUUCCAGGACCAGCACGAGGACUGGGCCAUCAUCAUCUUCACCAAGACCUGCAAGGACUGCCAGGUGCUGAACAUGAUGCUGAGGAGGUUCAGCUUCCCUUCUGUGGCUCUGCACUCCAUGAUGAAGCAGAAACAGAGAUUUGCAGCUUUGGCCAAGUUCAAGUCCAGCAUCUUCAAGAUCCUCAUUGCCACAGAUGUGGCUGCCAGAGGUUUGGACAUCCCUGCAGUCCAGGUUGUCAUCAACCACAACACCCCGGGGCUGCCCAAGAUCUACAUCCACCGCGUGGGACGGACGGCGCGCGCGGGGCGGAAUGGCCUGGCCAUCACCCUGGUGACACAGUACGACAUCCACCUGGUGCACGCCAUCGAGGAGGAGAUCAAGCUGCAGCUGAAGGAGUUCUCCGUGGAGGAGCAGCUGGUGCUGGACAUCCUGACCCAAGUGAACGUCACCAGGAGGGAGUGUGAGAUCGAGCUGGAGGGGAUGGAUUUUGAUGAGAAGAAGGAAAUCAAUAAGAGGAAACAGAUGAUCCUGGAAGGGAAGGACCCCGAGCUGGAGGCGCGCCGCAGGGCGGAGCUGGCCCGGAUCCGGGGCAGGAACAGGGAGUGUCGGGAGAAGCUGCAGCAGGGCCUGCAGAGGAGGAGGCAGCUGCAGCUGAGGAGGAAACUGCACAAGAGGAUGGAGAGGAGGAAGAGGAAGAUGGAGAAGGAGAAGGAGGAGGAGGAGCAGUGACGUGGCUGGGCCUGGCCUGGACUGCCCUGGAAUUGCUGCUGCUUUGGGAAAAUUGGGAUUGAACACUUGGAUGUGUGGGAAAAAAAACCAAAACAAACCGGUGCUGGGGAGAAGGGAAGAAUCCCAGAACCCUGGGGUGGCAUUGGAAGGAGCUCAGGGCUCAUCCAGUCCCACCCAGGCUGCUCCAGCCCAGCCAGGAAUUCCUGCACAAAUCCCACCCAGAUUCCCCUUGCCCAGUUUAAAUCC